AUGGCGACGCUCGCCGUCUCCCCUCCGUCCUCUCCGUCCUGGCCGAAACGGCGUCCCCGGGCCUGGGCCCUCCGAUGCGAACGCUACUGCUGUGCAGCAGCCUCUUUCUUUCCCCUCGCGUUUGUGUACGGUUUGACUUCAUGGGCGGUCUACGUUGAAGCUAGCAUUGGCUUCCAUCCAUCGCGUAGCUCUUGGGUUGGUGUACCAUCAUCUAUCCUCGGGAUUCUCCUCUAUAUCUGUUUGAAUGCUUCAUAUACCGUUGCCGUGUUUACCGACCCCGGAUCACCGCUAUCCGCCUCGCGCGGGGGCAACAGUCGACAUGAAUACAGCGCGCUACCCGUCACCGAGCUCCCGGAAUAUACCUCCUUCACUGUGAACUCCACAGGCGGUUCACGAUUUUGCAAGAAGUGUCAGGUCCCCAAACCGGACCGCGCACACCACUGCUCCACAUGCAAGCGAUGUGUGCUGAAAAUGGACCAUCAUUGUCCAUGGCUGGCGACCUGCGUCGGGCUCUACAACUACAAAGCCUUCCUCCUCUUCCUCAUCUACACCUCCAUCUUCUGCUGGGUGGACUUUGCCGUCGCCUCGCUCUGGAUCUGGAGCGAGGUCCUCAAUGACACACACUACAUGGACACCUUGCUCCCUGUGAACGUCGUCCUCCUCGCCAUCCUCGGCGGCAUCAUCGGGCUGGUCCUCAGCGGCUUCACCGCCUGGCAUAUUAGCCUCGCGGUCCGCGGCCUGACCACGAUUGAAUGUCUCGAGAAGACGAGGUACGUAUCGCCGCUGCGGAAGGCGCUGGACCGCCACCGCACGGCCGAGAACGCCGGCAACAACCCACCUGGCACCGACCCAAACAGCCUCUCCCACCGCCUCCAAGACUACGGAAACCAGAUCAUUGACGCCCAUGCCAACGCCAUCCCCGGCGUCACCCGCCCCGAAGAAGGCGAGUCGGAGCUUACCCCCGCACAGCAGGCGCUCUCCCGCUCCUACGCGGAGCUCGAGCGCCAACGCGAGCACGACCGCUACCAGGACUACCUGGACGAAGAGGAGAACGAGAAGAUGCCUAACGCGUUUGAUCUCGGGUGGAAGAAAAACCUGCUGCAUCUGUUCGGCGAUCGUCCCCUGCUGUGGUGUGUGCCCGUCCGCACCACCACCGGCGACGGCUGGCACUGGGAGCCGAGCCGGAAGUUCCUCGAGGCGCGCGAGCGCGUCCGCCAGCGUCGCGAACGUGAACACGCCGAUCAGCAACAGUACUACCGCGACCUGUACCAGCGCAACAUGAACAACAGCCAGGGCUGGCUCGCGCCCGAGCAUCACCCCCCGCCACAGGCCGCACAGCCCGUAUGGACACCAAACCAGCCGUUAGAUAGCUUCCGCGAUCCGGAGCGCCCACCGACAGGCAUCAACCGCGUCAUCCCGCCAACUGUCCAAUCCAUUCCAACCCCAACAACCUUCUUCCCUCUCACCAUCCCUCCAUUCAAUCCCACCCUCAAUCCCCAAAACAAACCGACACUUACAAAGAUGUCCCCGGGAACCCGCCGCCUCCUCAAAGAAGCCGCCGAGCUCCGCGCCUCGCCCUCCCCGCACUUCACCGCCCACCCGGUCUCGGACAACCUCUACGACUGGCACUUCACGCUGGCGGGCCCGCCGCCGCCGUCGCCGUACGCGCACGGCAUCUACCACGGGCGCAUCGUGCUCCCGCCAAGCUACCCGCUGCGCCCGCCGAGCUUCCGCUUCCUCACGCCGACGGGCCGCUUCGAGGUCAACCGCGAGAUCUGCCUGAGCAUCUCGGGCCACCACGAGGAGACGUGGCAGCCGGCCUUUAUGGACGGCGAUGCGCGUGGGCAAGUCGGCGGGCUGGAUGUCGGCGACGAGGUGAGACGCGAGUAUGCGCGGACCAGUCGCGCGUGGAGGUGUGAGGUGUGUGAGCGGAGUAAUGAGGAGAUAUUGGAGGAGUGGAGGGGGCUUUGUGGUGAUGCUGGGGUUGGUAAUGAUGGGGAUGCGGAGGGGGAAGGCAAGGAGAAGGAUGAGGAUGUGAGGGAGGAUGGGGCCCUGGAGAGCGAGACGCAAACGCGUGCGCGGGAUGUUCAAGAUGCGCCGGUACAAGACCCUGUGCUUCCCCCAGAGCGAAUAGAGCAGCAGGAUAUCCCGACCCCUACGCCGACAAUAACUGCGCCCCAGACGGUGAUUCCUGAACCAGCACCGCCACAGCAGCAGUUUGUUCGGGCUCGUGAGACAUCCGAUGGUCCCUGGCUGGAUCGUGCGAUCAUCGGCGUGCUGGUUGCGUUGGUGGUCAUGAUUCUUCGCCGGCUUGCGAGGUCAGAAGAUCCCUAUUGA